UUUUUUCAAAUUUUAUUUGACCGUAUCUGGUUUUUUCUCUCCAAUUACGGUAUCAACAACAAAACAUCAAAAAACGUUCUCCUUUUGUCAACAACAAAACAUCCCCAAUUAUCAAAACAAAAAUUAUCAGUCGGCGGCUAGCGAGCAAAAGUCGACUGAAUGCCGUAUGAGCGGCGUCUUUAAAACUUCAUCCCCAGCGGACAACAACAACAAAAAACAGCAACACAAAUUACAGGAAAUACAAAGUAGAAUAAGAGUGCAGCAAUCUCAACAACAACAAAAUAAUCGUAUUCCCUCUCCACCAUUUUAUUCUUCUGCCCCCUCUUUCUCAAACAACAAUUGCAUUCAAAAACAACGAAUUGAGUUCAAUCACGUUGAUAAUAUUCAAAAUAUUGUAAAGACUUCUGAAGAUAAAAAUAGCAGCAACAAUAAAAAUUGGGCUGCAAAAACAUCCCUUCUUAAUAGAUUGAGAUUAAAGUCUGCUUCUUUUGAAGGAAGAAAGUGUAAUAAUGGUGGAAACGAUAAAGAGAAAAUUGAAAUAAAUGGAACCAAAGAGCAAACUGAAAUAAACAAAAAUAAUUGUAUUUUGCUUGCUGACGAGGCAUUUACAAAGGCUUCCUCUUCCAUUUCAAUCUCAAAUCCAGUUGGUGCUAUAAGCACUACAAACCAAAACAAUUUCAAUCAUUCAUUGUCAGCGUUGAAUUCAACUUCUACUUCCGGUGCCUUAAAUAAACAACGUUCUCCUUCUCCACCGCCUUCUCUUUUUGCUAAUACUGACAACUGUAUUAAACAAGAAUUCGAUCCAGAACUAAGUGCCUCUUUGUUUGAGCAAUCUAGAACGCUUUGUGAUAAUAAAAAUACUUCAAAUUCUUUAACAAAUACAUUAACAGCCUAGUCAAAGUAUCAAUACAGAAACACCCCAUUUCUCUUCCUUCCCCAACUCCUUUGUU